CGUUUUAGCACGUUUUUUAGCAAGCUUUCCGAGCAGUCAAACAGCACGAUUAUUGGAAGGGCGAUGACGAUUAGACUAUAUCAUUAUUGGGUCGUCAGAUGUCUUUAUGGAGGAUAGGGUACUGUUAGUAUAAGGCUAUCGUAAAUAGUACAAUUGUAGGUUACGCCAUUCAACUCACAACUGUAUCCUACUGCUCUUGCAACACUCAUUCUCCUGGCGAACCUCACUAUCCAAGUGAGCAAUUGACUGUAGGCUAUUAUUGCGGCUGGGAUUGGUACCGUGACCUUUUUAACAAGAAGUUGCAGAAAGAGCGCGUGGGAGGUGGGAAAGUAUAAUACUUUAGCUCGUUGUCUUUGUGGAGCGAAUUUUCACCAUAUCGCAGCAACAUGGAGUCUCAGCCACCCUUCAUCCGAGAGGAGAUCAACGGCACGGUAUGGGAAAUCCCGGAGAAGUACACGCGAUUGAAGCAGAUCGGGACAGGGGCGUACGGUUCCGUAUGCUCAGUCAUAAAUGUAAAGACCAAUGAGAAAGUGGCCAUCAAGAAGCUUCACCGGCCCUUCCAGUCCGAGAUUUUUGCCAAGAGGGCCUAUCGGGAGCUUCGACUGCUCAAGCACAUGAAACAUGAAAAUGUGAUAGGGCUUCUGGAUGUGUUUACUCCUGCCGCUGGGCUCAAUGACUUCACAGAUUUCUACCUGGUGAUGCCUUACAUGUUCACAGACCUCUCCAAAGUCAAAGGGCUUCUCUCUGAAGACCGUGUGCAGUUCCUUGUCUAUCAGAUGCUAUGUGGACUAAGGUACAUUCACAAAGCUGGCAUCAUCCACAGGGACCUAAAGCCUGGUAACUUGGCUGUCAAUCAAGACUGUGAAUUAAAGAUCCUGGACUUUGGUCUGGCUCGCCAUGCUGAGGCAGAGAUGACGGGCUAUGUUGUGACCCGCUGGUACCGGGCGCCUGAGGUCAUUCUAAACUGGAUGCACUACACCCAGACCGUGGACAUCUGGUCUGUGGGCUGUAUCAUGGGAGAGAUGAUCAAUGGGAAGACCCUUUUCAAAGGGAAAGACUACAUGGAUCAGCUGACUCAGAUCAUGAAAAUAACAGGAGUACCCGGACCUGACUUCAUUCAGAAGCUGGACAGUCAAGAGGCGAAAAGCUAUGUGCGGUCCCUCCCUCACUUUCCCCGAAAAAACUUCUCGAAGUUGUUCCCCAGAGCCAGUGCACAGGCUAUUGACCUUCUUGAGAAGAUGCUGGUUCUGGAUGGUGAAACUCGGCCCACUGCUGAGAGUGCUCUGGCACACCCGUAUUUUGAUGGCUUGAGAGACCCAGAGGACAGUCCUGAGUCACAGCCAUAUGAUGACAGUCAUGACAAUGCCACGCUGCCUCUGGAGGACUGGAGGCGGUUAUCAUUCAAAGAGGUGAAGAGCUUUGUGCCAUUUCCACGACGGGACUCCAAGAGGCGAAACACACUGACAAUAUCUCCAUGAUUGCAUGCUUGUGAUAUCAGAAAACACUGCUACCACAAAUCAGCAAACAGCAGUAUGCCUUAUACACCAUGUUGCCCCUAAAACAAUCCCGGUAUAGACCUCUUUAAAGAAAAAAAAAAAGCCUGUGGUGGAAUUUAGAAUUGUGCAGUGUUGUGCUGUCUGUCUCUUUUGGCCUAAUUUCUGAUCAGUCAGUGUUUCAGCAAUCCAACGUUUUUUUAUUCAACCCCACCCAUCAGUGAGUGAAUUCUUUGUCUCUAUAGCUAUGUUUCCGAUCUGGCGACAGAUUUUCAUGCGAAUAUUCUAAAAUCUGCAUAAAAACAAUAUGUGCAUUUUCCCGCCAGAGAUGUGUUUCCAUCAAAUUGACUAAAGGCUGUGAUGACAUAUUGCACAUAAAAAUUACUUUUGCGGUUAAAUGACCAUGUACUGAAUAAAAAUACAAGUUAAAUGGGUUUCCAUCGUGUUUUCAACUCUUCUGAUGGUUUUGUCACAAGGAUGUUGCGUUAUUUAGCAAAUGUGCCCUACUCUGGUCUUGGCAUGUGCGCUCUAGCCAACAGCUCGCAGAUACAGUGUGGGUAUAAUCUACAUGAUGAGAUUAUUAUGGACAGGAGCAAGAUUAGUUUUAUUUGUCAAGCGGCAGCCAAGCAUCGAUCAUCAUGUCACCAGAAUAAGACCCUCUAUAUUUAUUGGAAAGGAGCAUCAAGCUCA